CUGUCAACGUUGUGUCUGACUUGAUUAAAUUGAGACGGGGAUGAAGCUGGUGUGAGAUUUCACUCGUUUAUUUCAUUGUGCGCUUCAAUGCGUGGAGAGAGCUGAGGUCAGCGCGCCAGCGGGACGCCGUCCCGUGAUUGAGACUUACAGGAAACCCUUUAAAAUAUUUAGAUGAUUAGGAGAGAUCAGUGUUUACUAACAGUUUGUUGCCAACCGCCAUAAAACCGCCAAGAAGAAGAAGAAAAAGAAGAAGAGAUCAGUGCAGAUCACCGGGUGACACAGGUCAGGAUGUUUUGCUUUAUUGGAUGAGAGGCGCCAGUGGACUCUCGCACCGGGAUCGCUCGGGCUCUCAGGAGCACUGAAGUCGCAGCGCUCCUCCCGGGAGCAGCUGCGGGCGGCUGGCUGACUGGCUGGCCGUCUGGUAUCCCUCUCUGGAGGGAGGGCUAGCGUUGAGUCCUGGGGUCUCCCCCUGAUAACAGAGCGGGGGUGGGGGGUUGUCCGACGGAUGAGUAUCUGUUCGGGAGCUAAUUUCGUCCCGCAGUCAACAUGAUCAUGGAGUUUUUCCCCUUGAAGAAGCUGCGGCGGAAUGGCAAAUAUUUUCUGUUUGCGGCGAUUCUCCUGGUUGGACUUUUGGCAGUUUACCACGAGAUGGUUGCUGCAAGAGUUUGGAGCAGUGAUGUCGGUGCAAAUCCCAUCAGCAGCAACUGGAUGAGAGCCGUGCUAAAUCAAAAGGUGAGAGAAGAUGGUCGACCAGACUGGGUGGAGGAUCCAGACUCUUGGAGGUCCAGCUUCACUCCACAAGCAUGGAAACCAGAGUUUAAGGGACAGGCCAAUCUGCAUGUGUUUGAGGAUUGGUGCGGCACCUCUACCGCAGACCUGCACAAGAACCUGCACUACCCCCUGUAUCCACAUACCAGGACCAUAGUCCAGAAACUUGCUGUUUCUCCUCAGUGGACCAACUAUGGACUCAGGAUAUUUGGAUAUUUACAUCCAUACACAGAUGGAGACUUUGUGUUUGCAGUGAGCUCUGAUGACAACUCUGAGUUUUGGCUCAGUACGGAUCAAUCCCCGCUUAAUGUCCAGUUGCUGGCGUGGGUCGGAAAGACCGGCACGGAGUGGACGGCCCCGGGGGAGUUUGAGAAAUAUGCCAGUCAGACCUCCAGACCAGUUCGGCUUUCAGCUCAAAAGAGAUACUUUUUUGAAGUUAUUCACAAGCAAAAUGACAGAGGGACUGACCAUGUGGAGGUGGCUUGGCAGCUAUUGGACCGCAAUUUCAGAUUUACGGUUAUUGAGUCGAAACACAUCUCCCUUUAUGUUGAUGAGUCUGACUUGAGGAUGAGCUAUGUCACCCACAUACCACAGACAGCUGCGAGUCAUGAGCACACCUCCUCAAAGCAGCGCAGUGCUGCAGUAGACAUGCUGAGGGAAGACCCGAGAGACACACUCUACAGAGUCCGUCUGAUAAACAGCAAGUUCCUACAAGGCAUUCUUCCUGACUGCACAUAUAACCCCACCUACACGAUCAAAGACUUCCCUCUGCUCCGUUACCAAGGACUGCAGUUUGUUCAGAUGUCCUACAUCUACCCGAACGACUACACCCGGCUCACACACAUGGAGGGAGAAAACACCUGCUACUACCCAGGGAGCUCCUACCACAAGAAGAUAUAUGGUUUCUCUAAAUACAUGAGAUUUGACCGCCCAUAUAUGCACAAGAAAGGAAAUGGAGACAGAGAUUUUGGUUUGCAGAAUAAAACGUCGGUCCAUGAGGAGGAGAAGGACGGCUUUGGCUAUGAUGCCAACCACAGUGAGAAGGAAACAACGGCUGACCAGAUGAAGAACAAUGUUUACCCAGACUACGGAGAUGAUUAUGACGAUUAUGUGCAGAAUCGCCGGCGCAAACUUUUCUCCUUUGCCACAAGAGGCGUUGAUAAUACACUGGGCAAAUCUCCUGAUGAAAGAGGACGCAUAGAAGAAUUUCAGAAUAGAAAAGAAAAGGGUGUCAUUCCACAACCUCAAAAGGAGCCAGGCAAAGCACCUAAAAAGGUAUUCAAACAAGAUCCGCAUCAAAACAGGACGAAGUUUAAACAAGAAGGCUCAGUUAAAAAGGUAGAAUUGAAAAAGACAAAGGUUAUAUCAGCAAAGAGACAGAAAGUCAAAGCCACCGUAAAACCAGAGCAAACUAAUUCUUCAGCUCUUACUGGUAACGGGGAAAUUAAAGCAAAGCAACAACUAGCCGUUCUGCCACAGAGACCCGACUCCAAACAGCAUCAAAACCAGAGAUAUUCAAAAACAAACCAUACUCAAAUCCAGAAACUCAAUAAGUCUCCAGUUGAAAGCCAGGACAGGCAUGGAGCUGUGCCUCAAAAACCCACUGCGGCCAACAGGCAGAAGCUUCCAGAGACAGAAAAGGUUCUCCAUCUGGACAUCAACAUGUGGGAGCAGCAAGGAGACAACAUGUACCCUGAUGAAGAGGACCUCACUCCGGCGCCAGUGUUCGAUACUCAGGUCAACUGGAACCAGACCUUCCAGGUGAACCACCUGGACCUGCAGUCGCAGCGUUCCGACUGGAUUGACCUUUCCUGCAACGUCUCCGGAAAUCUGCUGCUGAACCCCAGUGACGCUCUGACUGUUGUUCAUGCCUUCCUGGAUCAUCUUAACAAAAAGCAYAAGAGACGAUUCACAUUGGUUCGCGUGCUUAACGUUGUGAAGCGCGUGGACGGAUACAGGGGCAGCCGCUACCUCCUGGAGCUGGARSUGAAGGAUGCCAAUGGCCAGCUGCUGCGUCUGACGCAUUACGUCUACACUCUGUUUCGCCACAACCCGCAGCGCAACCAGAACUUUAUCUUUGAGCGCUCACAACCUCAGCUGGUUUUGUGCAACCCGGUGGGGUUCCACUGGAAUCCCGAUGCCACUGUUCAUUUCAUAGUGCCUGUUAAAAACCAAGCCCGGUGGGUGCAGCAGCUGAUUACAGAUAUGGAGGAAGUGUUCAGAGAAACCGGAGAUUCAAAUUUUAACCUGAUCAUCACUGACUACGGAAGCACAGACAUGGACGUGGAACAGGUUCUGCAGAAAUCCUCACUCCCCAGGUACCAGUAUGUGAAGCUGAGUGGGAACUUUGAGCGCUCGGCUGGUCUGCAAGCAGGAAUCGAUCUAAUACACGAUGACCASAGCAUCGUGUUUCUUUGUGAUCUUCACAUCCAUUUCCCUUCUUCAAUUGUUGACACAAUCAGGAAGCAUUGUGUGGAGGGAUACAUGGCUUUUGCUCCCAUAGUCCUCAGACUGAACUGUGGCAGUACACCAUCAGACGCCAGAGGUUACUGGGAAGUGAAUGGUUUUGGUUUGCUGGGGAUCUAUAAAUCUGACCUGGAUGCCAUUGGAGGAAUGAACACSAGGGAGUUCAAAGAACGAUGGGGAGGAGAAGACUGGGAGCUCCUCGACAGGAUCCUCCAAGGUGGUCUGGAAGUGGAGAGGAUCUAUUUGAGGAACUUUUUCCACCACUAUCACUCUAAACGAGGCAUGUGGAACCGGAAGAUGUCRGCGAGCCAAACGUGACCCCACCUCAACAUYGCCAUGUGCACAACUGUGGCAACCGAAGCACUUUAAACCUGGACCGCGCCUCCUGCCCCCAACUGUGUUAAACCUGCUGACUGUCAAAGGGACGUUAGAUCGGUUCCUGAAUUUGUUCACUCAGUCUGUCUGACAAAUGUGGUGACGAUGAUGGAGCUUAUUGUUACCCAGAUGCUGCUGCUCAGAGUUUAUUCACUGGAUUUGCUCCUGACUUCAACUACUGCUGUAGCAAAUGAUGAAUGGUACCGACUGCAAGUCCUCGGUGUUCACCGUGCUGCCUCCUGAAGUGCCRAUCUGCAUCACAGGCUGCAAGAAAAUAAAUCGUUCCAAAGAUGAAGCUGAACUUAAAUACACUCCAAAAAUGUAUGCAAGAACACACAAGUGUCCUUUUGUUUUUGGUUUUUUCAGCCUUGUGAAAAGUGUGAACUAGUAAAAAGGACGGAAAGAAAAUCUUGUUUGGUUUGCGUAUAUCUUAAAUACAACUGUUCUUUAUUUUUAUAAAUGACAGAUGUAAUAUUUAUAAAAUCAGUUUCUUGUUUAAUUUUUGUUAAACAUUUAGCUUUAUUUUCAGGCUCARCCAUAUACCUCAGUUUGCUUAUCAAGUGCCCUGUUUUUUUGGUGUCAUCUAUGUAGACUCCAAUUAGCUGUGACUAAUAGUUGUUUGCAUAGACAAGUCCUUUAUGUAUUUAAUUUCCAGGAUUAUUUUUAUUUCAUUCUUGAAAUGUGGAAGUUUUGCUUUAUGCAGUGCAGAAAUAACUUGUAUGUAAAUUACAGGCUAUUGUUCUGAUCCUUGGUUGUAAAAGGAUUUCUGAUUACUAUGUGGGCACUGUUCAGAUAACAUCUGAGAGACUACUUGGUUGAAGGACCAAUAUGUUUUUCUGAGCCUUAAUUAAUGCAUAUUAAGUAUGGCUAUGUUUAGCAUGUGUGGACAGUCUAUUGAAAAACAUUUWAAAAAACAGCAGAAUUAAAGUUAUUUAUAUUCUUGGU